AUGUUCGAGGAGAAACUCAUCAUCGGUGUGGCUUCGGCCUUUUCCAUCCUGACCAUAGCCGCAUGUCUGAUCGUGAUUCCAUCGCUCUACAAUACCAUCAACGAGAUGCACGAUCAGGUCCUCGAAACAGUCUCUGUGUUCCGCGUCGAGACCGACUCCGCCUGGACCCAAAUGAUGGACUACCAAGUCGCCGUCGCACCUCCAUCGAAGCCCGUGAGAAUCCAUUCAGCUCCAUCUUCCGUUCGAAGAGACAGGCUGGUCUUCCGUCUUACUGCCAGUGCACGACUCCAACGGUCAGAUGCCCACCUGGACCACCUGGACCUCCUGGACGUCCUGGAGCACCUGGACAGCCCGGAGGACCUGGUCAACCUGGUAGAGACGGCACCACCAAUAUCGUUCCCGUCAACUGCCCUGGCCGCAGCACCGCUUGUGUUCAAUGCCCAGCUGGACCGAGAGGACCACCCGGACCAAGUGGAGCUCCUGGAAACAGAGGACCUAAUGGCAACCCAGGACGUCCUGGAGGUCCCGGAAAUGCUGGUGGACCAGGUCCCGCUGGACCUCCCGGAGACAGAGGAGCACCAGGAAACCCUGGACCCGCUGGACAGCCUGGACCUCCUGGAAGACCUGGUACCAGUGGAAGAGGAACUCCUGGACGUCCAGGACCUGCUGGACCAAUUGGAGCUCCAGGAAACGCUGGAGGACGCGGAAACAAUGGUGCACCAGGAAGACCAGGAGGACCUGGUCCAGCUGGUCAGCCAGGAGGACGAGGAAACCCUGGAAGAGAUGGUCAACCUGGAAGAACUGGAAAUCCUGCACGUCCAGGAGGCGAUGCUGCUUAUUGCCCAUGCCCACCUCGCUACGCUAAAGCUCGUGUCUAAACUUCCAUUCAAUAAAUAUUUCAAUCUCUGCAGUUAUUUUGGAAACUGUGUAAACAUCAAGUGA